AUGAGCCAUGAAGCAGAAGGAAGGAAAUUUGAAUUUAACCCAAAAGAUGGGAUCGACAAUCCAGCCCUGUCGCUGGCGGAGGACUCGGAGCUAGAAGGAGCUUUGCAGCUGCGCUUCUGCUUUCUGAAGAGAGAGGAGGGCGAGAGCUUUGGCUUCUGGCUGCAUCAAGAGGCGGGCAACAGCGGGCACCUCAUCCGGCAGGUGAAGCCAGGGAGCCUUGCCCACCGCAAAGGUUUGAGAGAAAGCGACCGGAUUCUCGAGGUGAAUGGUGUGUACGUUGACGACAUGGAGCAUUUUCAGGUGGUGUGGAAGAUCAAGAGCAGCAGCAAGCAGGUCCUGCUGACCAUUCUGAAUGGGAACGACUACAGUCUGGCCAAAGCCCUUAACCGGAACCUGGCCCAGCUCCUGCCCCAUUACCACAGGCCACGGCUGUGCUGCGUGGCCAAGAACCAAAAUGGUUUCGGCUUCAGCGUUUCUGCUCCAGAAGGUGUGAAAGGGGUCUUCCGGGUGUCCGUGGUGAGGAACGGUCCAGCUGAAAAGGCAGGAGUGCCCGAUGGCUCAUGGCUGUUGGAGCUCAAUGGAAUGAGUGUGAAGAACUGGACACAAGCCAGGCUUAACAAAAAGCUCAAACAAAGCAACAGCCCCAUGGCACUGCUUGUGAUAGACGCAGAGUCGGAGGAGUUCUACCGACAGCGCAACAUCAAAAUCACGGCUGCCCUGGCCGACGGCACCUGGCUCCCCUUCGAAGUGCGGAAGUUGCAGAUGACAAGAGGGCCAGACGGCUACGGGUUCUUGCUGAAAGAAGAAACGUGCGGCUCAGGAAGGAAGGGCCAGUUUAUGAGGGAGGUGGACGCCGGGUUGCCGGCAGAGAAGGCAGGGAUGAGGGACGGCGAUCGCCUCCUGGGCGUGAACGGAGAGAGUGUCGAAGACCUCAAUCACCAUGGAGUGGUGUUCAAGAUCCGUGCGGACAGUGAGCAGGUGACGCUGCUGGUCAUUGAUGCAGAAGGGAGCAAGUUCUUUGAUUUGGUACGUAGCAGCUUGGAAGCUGGGGGAGCAUGGAGGGGUGGGCUCUGA